ACAGCAAGAGCUGAGCUGUUCUCUCCCGGGGUACGGCUUUCAGAGCCUGCUGAAGAGAAGAGGCGAAGCUUGGAAGCUUGCCUUCCACCUUCAAGGGGCUUUUCUUUCAUUCCAGAAAAACUGCGUUUGCUGGCUGGAUUUUCGGAUUUUCACUCUUAUGUUUUAAACAAAUAGAAAAAGUAAACAAUGUCGGAGCACAGCAGAAAUUCCGAUCAAGAAGACACCCUCAGUGAGGAGCUUAAUGAAGAUGAGAUCUUGGCCAACUUGUCCCCUGAAGAGCUGAAGGAGCUGCAGUCGGAGAUGGAAGUCAUGGCCCCUGACCCCCACCUACCUGUAGGGAUGAUCCAAAAAGAUCAAACCAACAAGGCACCUACAGGAAACUUCAACCACAAGUCUCUCGUUGACUACAUGUAUCUGCAAAAGGCGUCUAGACGCAUGCUGGAGGAUGAACGAGUUCCCGUCAGUUUUGUGCAGUCUGAGGAAAACACUCAAAAACAUCAUGAAGUAAGAGACAAAGGCAUUAAAAACAUGCCCCAGUUUUUAAAAGAAAAGCUUAAUAGUGAAAUAGUUGCAAAUAAAAGAGAAUCUAAUGGGGGCAACAAUAUACAAGAAACAGAAGAUGAUGAUGAAGAAGAUGAAGAGGAGGAUGAGGAUGAAGAAGAUGAAGAGGAUGGAGAAGAUGAAGAGGAGGAUGAAGAUGAUGAAGAUGAAAACGCCAAUGAAAAAAAUGAAGCAAAGGAACAAACCCAGAACAAUUCAGGCGCCUGUCAGCAGCUGACCACGAAAGCACUAGAAGAACAAAAAGACAGACCAGAGACCAAAGAAAAACUUGAGAAAAAAAUAGCCAAAUUAGACCCUAAGAAGUUAGCUCUCGACACCAGCUUUCUGAAGGUAAGUGCAAGGCCUUCAGGGAACCAGACAGACCUGGAUGGAAGCUUGAGACGAGUAAGACAGAACGACCCGGACAUGAAGGAACUCAACCUGAACAACAUUGAAAACAUCCCCAAAGAAAUGUUACUGGACUUUGUCAAUGCCAUGAAGAAGAACAAACACAUCAAAAGCUUUAGUCUGGCUAACGUGGGUGCAGACGAGAGUGUAGCGUUCGCCUUGGCCAACAUGCUGCGGGAAAACAGGAGCAUCACCACGCUUAAUAUUGAGUCCAACUUCAUCACAGGGAAGGGCAUCGUGGCCAUCAUGAGGUGCCUCCAGUUUAACGAGACUCUCACCGAGCUGCGUUUUCACAACCAGAGGCAUAUGCUGGGCCACCACGCCGAAAUGGAAAUAUCAAGGCUUUUGAAGGCCAACAACACUCUGCUGAAGAUGGGCUACCAUUUCGAGCUUCCGGGCCCCAGAAUGGUGGUGACGAAUCUGCUUACCAGGAACCAGGAUAAACGGAGGCAGAAAAGACAAGAGGAGCAGCAGCAGCAGCAACUUAAAGAGCAGAGAAAGCUGAUAGCUAUGUUGGAGAAUGGGUUGGGGCUGCCCCCUGGGAUGUGGGAGAGGUUGGGAGGACCCAUGCCCGAUCCCAGAAUGCAGGAGUUUUUCCAGCCUUCAUCCGGACGGCCUCUCGCGGCUCAGGAAGUCCCCUUUGGUGGGAGAAAGGAAAUGAUGAAAAAUCCACCCCAACCUCCACAGUCCAUGACCGACCCUGACUCCUUCAGGGUGGUGAAGCUGAAGAGAAUUCAGCGCAAAUCUCGAAUGCCGGAAGCCAGAGAGGCACAGGAGAAAACCAACCUCAAAGAUGUCAUCAAAACGCUCAAGCCGGUGCCGAGAAAUAGACCACCCCCGCUCGUGGAAAUCACUCCCAGAGACCAGCUCUUGAAUGACAUCCGACACAGCAAUGUUGCCUACCUAAAACCGGUGCAGCUGCCAAAGGAAUUGGCCUAAGAGGCAGCAGGAUCGUCUAGAAGAACAGGACGUGAGCUGGAGGCUGUCUCACCAACAGCACAGGUGGCCGGACUGGGAACGUGGCUCCAUCCAGGCUGGGCAUUGUUUGGGCCGUGAGGAGACACAAGGAGAAGGAUACAGAGUCUCAGCGUUCACAGGCAGCAGGUUCCAGUUCUAAGAGUUUGACUGAGUUGGGUGAAAAUUGUAGAGUGAUGCUUCUAGAAGCAGAAGUUAACAUUUUUUUGGUAAACACUUAACUGUUGCUUCCUUCUGGUAAAUAACAAUAAAUCUGACAGAAGUGCGGACUGUUGCUUAUACUCC